AUGCUGCCUCCAGCUUUAAAUAUACCAAAAUGGCUCGAAGCCAAUUCGCAUCUUCUCCAACCUCCUGUCAAUAAUUACUGCGUCUACCACCCUUCGUCGCCUGCCACCGCAGGUUACACGGUGAUGAUAGUGGGAGGCCCCAACGCUCGAACUGACUAUCAUAUCAAUUCAACACCCGAAUUCUUCUACCAGUACCGUGGAUCCAUGCUCCUGAAGACCGUCGACACUUCCACUACUCCACCUACCUUUCAAGACAUCCCUAUCCAUGAGGGUUCCCUAUUCCUGCUCCCUGCCAACACUCCGCACUGCCCAGUCCGGUUCAAGGAUACUAUUGGUGUUGUACUGGAGGUACCCAGGAAGGAGGGCGAAGUAGAUACCAUGAGAUGGUACUGCCGGCAAUGCGGGGAGAUCGUGUGGGAGAAACAGUUCAUCUGCACCGAUUUGGGCACGCAAGUGAAGGAGGUCGUGGAGGAAUUUGGCGCCGACGAGGCGAAGAGAAAGUGCUCCAAGUGCGGCACGAUCGCAUCGACAAAGUAUGCCGAAGGCGAAGUGAUACAGCCGCCGAGGUUCCCCGAAUAA